AUGAAGACUCUGUUCCUGACCAUCAGCUUCUGCCUGGUUGCCACCCUGCAGGCCCAGGACUCCUCGCCCCUUGCUUUGAAUAGCAGGCAUUUUUCUGGAAAGUGGUUCAUGAAGGCCUUGGUGAUGAAAGACGAGAUCCCGAUAAAGAAGGUCUCUUCCAUACUCGUGUUGGUGCUGGACAAUGGUGACAUGGAGUUUUCUAUGACACAUAUGAUGUAUGGCCAGUGUUUUGAAGUGACCACCAUCUUGGAGAAAACAGAUGUGCCUGGCCAUUACAGUGCCUUUGAAGGUAAGAGCCACAUGCAGGUGCAGCUGUCUUCUGUGAAGGACCACUGGAUGCUCUACUGUGAUGGGGAGCUGGAGGGCAUGAGCUUUGCAGUGACACAGCUCAUAGGGAGGGACCUGAAAGAAAACCUGGAGGCCUUGGAGGAAUUUAAGGAGUUCACCCAGAAAAAGGGACUUAUACCAGAGAACCUGGUCGUACCUGAGCAGAUGGAAAAAUGUGAACCAGAGAGUUACUAA